UUUUCCAAGUCUUACAGGAGGAGCCUUAACGUGAGACGCCGUUGUGCGAGGUAGCAUCGAACAAGAAGGGACAACUACAGUAUUGUAGUUAAGAGGGGAGGAAGGGUGUGUGUUAUCAUUAUCAUCGUACAUCCAAAGGGGAAUUGCCAGCGGAAAGGAAAUAUCUGAAAAAGGACGGAGCUUUUUUUGGGGGGGUGGGUGGGGGGGAAAUAAAAACGCAGCGACCCCUUUCGUUUUUAAACCUCUUUACGUUAUCGCUUUACUGGAAAAGCGGGCGCGUUUGUUUGUUUGGUCUGGUGACAAUACAAAUACAGUACGAAAAAAAGAAAAUGACGCUACCCCGGGGUCGUGGGGCUAACACCGUCUGUGAGUGACUGGUAGUGAGCGAAAACAAAAAAAAAAAACAAAAAAAAAAAAAAAAAAGAAGACGGCAGAAGACGGCAACCAUUUUGGAGAGAGAAAAAAGAAAUAAAACAAAAGAAAAACCAAAAAAAAUAAAAACGAGAGACGUUGUGUUGUGUGGAUUAUACAGGGACGGCAGGACCCGCCGCCGUCGUUAACCGUUUUGUGUUUUUUUUUUCCCGCUGACCGCCUCGUAUUUAUACCCACACGACGAGGGAGGGCUCGAGCUGUCCGCGAGUCUCCAUAUUGUUCCCGAGGAGCGAGAAGCAAGUGGGGCACGCGCUGGCCGUUCUCUAAAAAGCUGUUAAAGGCGCAGGACGCCGCUGUGGAGGGAGGGAGGGAGAGAGAUACACAAAAAUACUGAAGAGAAAAGAGGGAUUUACUGUCAAAAAGGGAAAGAAAUUGGUGUCUCUUUCAAGCAACAAGACUUUUUUUAAUAUAUAUAUAUAAAUAACCUCGAAAAGGACCACUGUGGGAAGAAAAAAACAAAUCAAAACAGUGUUUUCCUGGCAAACCUCUCCGCUGCCUCUCUCUGUGUUUGUAUACAGAUCAGCCCUCACAAAGCGUCUCGUUUUAAAGCUGUUUAUUGAAUUGGAUGUGUUUGUCCCUAAAUCUUACAAUAUUUUAAUUUUUUUUUUUCAUCAAUCACCUCCACACCUCUGUUUUGUCCUCAUCAAAAUAAACUACCACGGGAAACGUUAGCCGCCCAAACUCCCUCCCCCCCCUUCAGUUCAAUGACUUUUUGGAUUUUAAUGAAAAAUAAACUAAAUAUAUAAUAUACAUAUAUAUCUUUUUUUUUUUUUACUUUUGAGGAGAGGGGGGGGAGGGAGGAAAUUAAAAAAAAAAACGAAACUGUUUAUGACGGGGACCACACCUGGCUAUUUAAAGAUUAGAAAUUUCUUAGUUCGGGCGCUUUCUACACACUCUGUUGAAUCUUAGGUAGUGAAAUCAACACGAAUAUUAUAAUAAUUAGUCGUAGUAUUUUAAUUAUUACUAUUUUUUUUUAAAAAAACCGAGGCGCCGUUUCCUUUUUCAAACGUGUGAGACGCCGUCUGUCUCUGAAUCACACAGAUACUUAAUUGAGCCCGCAGACGUACCAGUUAUUAAUAAACUGUUUAUAAUAUUAUUAACAUCGGUGACAGAGAAGUAACACAAAUAAUAACGCUUAAACAACGUGUUUGGUGUGACUGCGUGCAAUUUCACUUUAAAUAAUAAUAAAUAAAUGUGUUUUAAAAAAAAAAAAUCGAACAGAAACAUAAAUAAAUACAUUUAACACCAUUGCAACCUGGCCAAGUGUAUCCAUUUUACGUAAAAUAACUGUAUUGUUUGCAAACAAAUAAUUAGUGAGACAAAAAAAGGUUUAAUUUAUUAUUUAUUUUUAUUGUUUGCUUUCUUUAAAAUCUGAGGUGGGAGAGAAAUAAGGCGAUACUUGUUUUCUGCGGGCCUGGCGGCUGUUGUCGAUUGAAGGGGGAAAAAAAAAAUAUAUAUAAAAUAAUUAAAAACCGAGAGAGACACACUCGGAGGAAAUACAUCUAGAAUAUUCUUUUUUUUAUAAUUUAUACAAAACACAACACACGCACAGAAUUAACCUCGGCGUGGUAGGUUGUGUGUUUUGUCCACAAAAAAAAACGACAACAAAACAAGAGUCGUAUUUUUUAAUAAUGCCGGAUAAGCCUUCCUGUCGUGUCGACCCGGGUAUAAAUCGUGUUUUUAUACGUCUGUGGUGCUAUUUUCUAUCAAACUUAGUUACACAACAAAAUAAAUGACCCUAUUCUGGGAUGUGGCUUUAAAAAAAUUAAAUAAAUAAAUAAAUAAAAACACACACACACACACACACACAAAGCACAAGAAGAACGAGAAGGAGUUCUUGUUAAGUUGCUGGAUUUUAAAUAUCAGUAUUUGGUUUUAAAACUGGUCCGCUUUAGGGGUUUUUCAAAGGAUAUACAAAAUAAGACCCUCAAGUUUUUUAAUUAUUUUUUUUUGGGGGGGGGUGGGAGGUGGGGGCUCAGAAGUUGAAAAGACGUUUAUUAUUAUAACGAGAGAGGAAGUUGAACACGAUGGAAGGCCCUUGUCGAAGCAGCGGCUCUCGGCAGAGCCGGAGAUCCCGGUCUCAGCGCGACCGGGAGCGGCGGAGGAGGAGAUCAGGCCUCGGCGAAACGCGGGCCUACUCCCCGUCCUCUGGUUCGGAGCUGGAGGGAGCCGCGGGACCGGGAGCUGGGCCGGGAGGACUCGGGCUCGGCGGGGAGGAUAGCAGGCCCGCAGCCCAUAACAAUAGGCCUAGACCGCCGCGGCGGAGGAAGCGAGAGUCGGUGUCGUCCGAGGAAGAUCUCAUUGACUGCUUCGCCAUUGCCAGCUUCAUUUCCCUGGAAGCUUUGGAGAAGGACUCGGUCCAGAAGCCUUCGGAGCGAGCCCAGCUUUGGGAACGCCGCAGUGGAAAGAGGAAGCGACCGGAAGAGAACGGGCCGGGCUCGGACCUGGGAGAGAGGAGGGGGGGAGGCAGCACGGACAGGGAGCGAGAGAGAGCCAAUGGGAUGGGAGAGCCUGACAGGAGAGCCAAAAGGAGGAGGAGAAGGAGGAGGAGAGAGGGGUCCGGUCCUGCCUUUUUAGAAAACGGUUAUAUUUGCGACACGGAGAGUGACUCCGAUGACAAGGCCUCUGAGAGUGAGCUGGAUCACUCCUUCACGGUCUCCACGAGCAGAAUUCCAGAGACGGCGGGGAAUGGUCUGACCCCUCACGACCUCGCCCCCCGCCUCUCCGUCACCCCGAGGGUAUCGGGGAUCCAGCGCAGCCAAGAGAGGAACCGCGAAGCUGACGGCAGACUGCCGAAAGAACCCCCGGGCCUGCCGCUGAGCAGGCGCCUUCACCCCUCCUCUCCCUCGCUGCCCAAAGAGGCACGGAGAGGUGGGGACAAACCUUCCCCCUCGCCCAACUACCACGGGGGGCCAGACCCAGGUCCGGACCCCCACACACCCCCCGUCCAACCCCAGCCAGGGGAAUCGCUCCACCCCCCAGCCCAGAUCCCACGGCAAGGGCCUCCUACAGCACCCCUUCAGCGCAGGACUCGGGUUCAACAACAGCCGGAGCAGCACUCCCUCAAAGACCCCCACCUCCUCCUCCUCUUCCAGCUCCAACCAGCUGUCUCUCCACCGGCCCUCCACCCCUUCCGGUUUGGCGCUGUCGCUCAACCCCCCCUUCCCGGGGGGGCUGCGGCCCCCCUCUCACCCCGGAGGGGGUCUCUUCGCCCCCUCGCCCGGCCUGCCCCCCCCUCCUCCCUUGCUGCAGGUGGCCGGGCAUGCUACAUCUGCAGCGGCGGCCUCUGUGUUCUCAGACCUCUCUGUAAGCAGGACCUGAUCCGACAGGAGCUGAACUCUCGCUUCCUCACCUCCCAGUCGGGGGGAGGGGGCGGGGCUGAGCGGGCGGGGGGCGGAGCCGGUGGGGAGGGGAGGGGCCCGGCAGCCCCUGCCGCCGGCCCCCCCGGGUCUGGGACAGCCUCCGGCCCGCUGGCGUUCCAGUAUCACCAGCAUAACCACCAGCACCAACACACCCACACCCACCAGCACUAUACCCCCUUCCUGCCUCCCAGCGCCGCCGCCACUGCUGUGGUACAGAACACCCCCGCCUCCCCCAUGUUCGAUAAGUACCCUGGGAAAAUGGACGGGCUGUACCGACACAAUUUCUACCCAACCUAUCCACCCUCAGUAUCUGGGCUCCCGCCAGUGCUGCCACCUGCUGGAACCUUCAGCUCACUGCAGGGAGCCUUUCAACCAAAGACAACCAAUCAGGAGAUAGCGGCGAGAUUGGGGGCGGUGCCUCACCCCUUACAGCAGAAAGACCCACGCCUCACAGAUCCAUUCAGGGCUGCAUUACGAGUGAGUAAUAAACCUGGGAAAUGGUGUGCAAUGCACGUAAGAGUAGCAUGGAUGAUUCUGCGGCAUCAGGAGAAAGUGAAGCACAUGCAGGCUGAUCCUCACAAGCCUGAUUUCCGGAAUGACCUCAUCACCCGAGUCCCAGGCUCCGGGUCCGUGGGCCCGCUCUCCAGCGCUCACGAUCUCUCCCGCCCCUCCACCCUCUUCUCUGCCAGCGGGGCGGUCCAUCAUGGCUCCUCCCCCUUCGCCCCUCCUGCCGGACCCCUGAACUCAUUCCUAAACCCGCCCUCACACCUAGUUUCAGAUCCGUUCGGACGCAGUCCCACCUACACCCCCCUGGGAUCCCUGGGGAAUGCAGCCUUUGGGGGGCUGGGGAGCCCCAAUAUAACUCCCAGCUCCAUGUUUGCUCACAAGGAUGUUCCUGGGGGAUCUCAAGGGUUCAGCAACCCCCACGAUCCGUGGAACAGGCUGCACCGCGCCCCUGCCUCCUUCCCCACCGCCCCCACCUGGCCCAAAGGGGGCGACGCCGAGCGGGGGGGCAGCAGCAGCAGCUCCGUCGACCGGGAGAGAGAGAGGGAGCGAGAGAACGAGAAGAGGGUGAUCAAGGAUGAGAAAGAGAGGGAUGGUGUUUACGGUCGUCACCCAGUCCGGAGGUCUCCUGUCACCCCAAACCAAAAGUGUGCCCCCCCUACCUCCACCCCCCCCUGCAGCUCAGCAGUGUCCCACAGCAAUGGUCACGCAGUCGCGGAGGAGGAAAAGAGAGGAGGAGGAGGAGGAGGAGGGGGGAGAGACUCGAGAGAGCACAGCCGGGACAGAGACAGAGAGAGGCUCAAAAUCAAAGAGCAACAGCAAAAGAACCCGAACACACUUCAGAACGACAGUCGUCACCUCCCUCAGUCCGGACAGCCGAGACCCGCUCUGCCCGACAACCCAGAGAAUUCGGGACCAGCCAUUCCUACCUCUUCCUCUUUCUCAAACGCUACUUCUAGUUCUGUCUCGGUCAAAGAGCACGUGGGACUCUUGGGGAGAGAGGGAGGCGGCAAACUGUCUAGCUCCGCCAAUCCGUUGCCUUUAUCGUCCUCGUCCUCGUCUGCUCCCGCCCCCGUGAAUUCGGUCAGAGAGAACGGUGGACGACCCGACCCUCCGACGUCCGUGGGUCCGGCUGGGGAGAAGGAGAGGGAGAAAAAUCGUGAUCACAAAUCCCCCAAGGAUCAAUCGCUGGACCCCAAGAAAGCCGAAACCUGUCCCGUCGCCAACGCUACAACCACCCCCACCCCCCCUCCUCCUCCUCCUCCUCCUCCUCCUCCUCCCAGUCCCCCUCCCUCCCUCCUCCCCAUCCCGCUGAUCAAAGUCAAAGAGGAACGCAAAGAAGAGCCCAUCCCCGUCCCUCCCUCUCACCCCCCACCCCCACCCCCGGCUCCCACACCCCCGUCCCUGGCUCCUCUCUCCUUCGACCGGCCCAGCAGUCGAGGGACCCUCCUCUCCUCCCACCCCCUCCCUCUGUCCCAGCUGCACCCCAGCCUUCAUCCGCUACCCAACCAAGGUACCAACCCCAGCCUGGGCUCCAACCACAACCCCUCAAUCGCAGCUGCUAUGGGACUCAAAUUCAGUCCGGUUUUGGCUCAUCACCACCCAGCAGCAGCCGCCUCUUCCUCCGCCUCCUCCUCCACUUCAUCGCACCCCCUCAGCUCUCUCUCGAUGCUGGAGAGGACCAGGGCGCUGGGGGCAGCCUACCUUGGAGGGCAGGUCCUGGCUCGCCCGUCCCACCAUCACCACCACCACCACCAUCAUUCCCCCCACCAGUAUCCCCACUCCGCCACAUCCUUCUCGUGGAGUCUUCAAGAAGUCAUGCAGCAGCAGCAGCAGCAGCAGCAGCAGCUGGCCCACCAGGCCCACCAGAGACGAGAGAUGGUUUUAAGAGACCCCCAAAUCGCGCGGUUCUUCGCCGCCGCGGCCCAACAGCGGUUUUAUGAGCAGGAGAGGGUGGGGUACGUCCGAGAUGAGUUCGGGGGGCUGGUGGUCGACCGGCACCCCCACUCCCUGCCCGCGCACCACCACCACCACCACCCCCUGCACCCCCUCCAUCAUCCCCACCACCACCACCACCACGAGAGAGUGGGCGGGGCACCUGGCUCCUCCUCUUCCUCUUCCUCUGCCUCCUCGUCCGCCAUCCUGAACACAGCUGCCUUGCUGGAGGAGAACGAAAGGGCUCAGAUUCUGAGGGAGGAUUUCGAGCGGGCGCGGUUUUAUGGGGUGCAGGCGGUCACAGCCCUGGGCUCCCCGCACCACCCCCACCCCCACCUCCAGACCCCCUCCCUGUUCACCAGGCUGGCUCCCGGGACCUUGUACAGCCACCCUCACCAUCACCCCCACCAGAACGGACUGCUCUCCAAGACCCCUCCCUCCAUGGUGGGGCCCCCCCCGCCUCUCAUCCCCUCAGGGGGGGCAGGGAACGGCGCCGGGCCCCCCAGGAGCGGCGGGGGGUCCCCGCGGGACAGCAGGUGCACCCCGCUUCCCGGGGAGGAGAGGGGAGGAGGCCUCUACAGCAGCCAGAAGGGCAGAGAUUCCAGAUAGGGAAUUCUAGAGGCAAACGGACAGAAAUGGAAAAAGCCUUUUUGGAUUAUUUCUCUCCCCCCCCCCUCACUGUACAUAUUUAUAUAUCACAACUAGCAAGUGGACACAGACACACACACACACAGAAACACACACACACACACACACACAGACAGACAGAAAGAGACAGACAGACAGAAAGAGACAGACAGACAGAAAGAGACAGACAGACAGAAAGAGACAGACAGACAGAGAGACAGACAGACAGAAAGAGACAGACAGACAGAAAGAGACACAGACAGACAGAAAAGAGACAGACAGAAAAGACAGAAACACACACACAGACAGACAGACAGACAGAAAGAGACAGACAGACAGACAGACAGAAAGAGACAGACAGACAGAAAGACAGACAAAGACACAGACAGAAAGACAAACAGAAAGACAGACAGAAAGAGACAGACAGACAGAAAGAGACACAGACAGAAACACA